GUGUUUGUGAUAAAGGAGGGCGUUCAGUACAGGAUAAGGAUCGACUUUAUCGUACAGCGCGAGAUCGUCCACGGGCUCAAGUACGUCCAGAAGACGUACCGGCUUGGCGUUCCAGUGGACAAAAUGACCCACAUGGUGGGCUCCUACCCCCCCAAGACGGAGAUCCAGUCGUACACGACUCCUCCAGAGGACGCUCCCUCAGGGCUCAUGGCGAGGGGCUCUUACACCGUCAACAGCCUUUUCACCGACGACGACAAGAAUAUCCAUCUCCAAUGGGAAUGGUCUUUCGAAAUCAAGAAGGAUUGGAAAGAUUAAAAUAGCUCGGCUAGCAGACAGACUGGGUUGGAUGUAACGAUGUAUAAUUUGCGUAUUAACUUUUACUGUCUGUGCCAUAGGGAUUUCAAUUUUAAUUCACCUACAUUAUAGAAUGUAUCGAGUCAAACGCACAGAUUUCGUAUUUUUACUCCGCGUCCAAUCCAGUUGUCGUGAACUGCGUGCGAAGUAAAUAUACUGACAAAUUAGAUUGUAUUUAAUCGCUGAUAAUAUGUGGAUGCAUGGAUUGUGCAAUGCUCAUCAACACUAGCUUUAAGUGAUUCGGAAUUAAAUUGGCUUUCACACUUAUUCUAAUUUUACUUUGAUUUUCCUUACACUAUCAAAAGUACUUUGAUUAUGGAAAUUUGUAUUUCAAUUCUAAGUCUUCACCAUUUAGGUUUUAUUUUUCUUGUUAUCGAUAAAAGACAGAAAACGCCGAGCGUUGUAUAACCAUUUGUUUAUGAAAUAUUAAUAGGUUUUUACAUUAUUUGGUGGUUAUUAACGAUAAUUUAAAAAUUAUAGAGGAUUGUCAUUGAUGGCAGUGUUUAGUAUUAAUGUGUGAUUUUCUUUAAGUACAUGAAUUUUAACGUCCACAUAUUGUCAAGCGGAUUUCACAUUUCGUUAGUAUUACCCAUAUUAUACAUUUAAAAAUAAUUAUUGUGAUUAUAUACCAUGUGAAAUUACUUAUAUUUGCAUUGUAUUUUCGUUCUUAAAGCAAUGAAAUUAAGACAUAAAGUAGGUUUACAAAUACAAUGUAUUAUUACGAUGUUCAACUUUUUCCAAAAAAUCCUUACUGUACGUAGAGUAUUUAAGAUUUUCACAAUAUACAGUUACAAAAUUUUACUUAUUGUAGGUACGUUUUAUAUACAUCUGGGCAAUAUAUAAACUUAAUAUACGAGACAUGUUUUCUAUUUUUCUAAAUGGUCAAAGGAAAAUUGCAGUGUGCAUACAUUGGUGUAUGUUUAUGCUUUUUAUUUACGAAAGACGUAGUUUGUAUUAGAGUUACAUAGACAAGUAAUGCAUAAAAAGUCAGACGAGCGUUGAAAGUCGAUAAUGGAAACCGGAUAUUCUUGGCUAAAUAUAUUUCUUAUUAUUUGCAGCAUUCAAUACGUUUGUGGCAAAAUAAGACGAUCAACAAUCACAUAAAAGUUAAGAACUUUUUAGUCACAAGUCGAAAGAGUUAAGAAUAUAAUGAUUCACGUAUCUUUGUUACGUUUAGUCCCUAAACACUCCCUAAUAUUGUAAGCAAGUGGGAAGGUAGAAUGAUAACUGUCGUGCUAACACCGGCAUUCCUGCAUGCAUUUUGAAUGUUUACAUCUGAAUUUGAUCAGUAAUUUCAAUGUAGUUUUCUGUAACUUUGCAUUUUAAAAUAUAGAUUGAAUAAAAUGUGAUUCCUUUAAUUUUAAAUUUCUUGAUAGCAUUGUCGAUGUCGAUAACAUAUUUUACUCUUUAGUAUAUAGUAAUCAUGGAAUAUAUAUUAUUGAUUUAUCAAUACUUUCAAUAUUUUGAAUUUUUAAUGAAAUUAUUUUGAUAUUACAACUAUAAUAAAAUAACACGGGAGUCUAUGAUUAUCGAUAUUUUUGUGCAUCUUUACUAUCGACAUCGACUAUAGAAUAGACGAUUCAAAUUACCCCCGUUUAAAAAACUGAAGAGUUGUAUCACAAAUAGGUCACAAUACUGUAGAAAAUUCAGCAUGUAAGUACCAAAACUUAGAGUUUAAAAAUAUAUACUUAAGGGUAUGGGUGCACCAAUACAAAGAUAUGUCUAUUUUUAAUAUUUCACAUAUUGCUUCUUUAUAACCAGUGCCAGUAACAAUCGGGGCAAUAAUGAAAGUAUUAAUACAUGGAAUAAAGUGCGAGAGGUUUGUAUUCGCUGCCCCUGCCUUUUGCUGUGUGACAGGAAACUGCCAUUAAUUUGCACAAACUGAAACAAAUUUGUGUAAUUGACUGCGAAGGUCAAAUUAUUUGGAGAACUAGUUGGCUAAGCAUUUUAUUGGUCGAGUCAAAAUGAUCAUAAAAUAACGUAAGCAAAGCUCGGAGGAUCAAUAUUGUACAAGGCAUUUAGAAGCAUAAGGCUGGGGUACGGCUUGGCACAGCUAUUCCCAUACAUAGUGUAAAUUUAGAUUAAGGCAUUCGCAAUAAAGUACAUUCGCCCUCAGGUACAUGUACGCUUAAGCGUGAAGAUAGAAGGUGCUUCAGUGGCUCCACUGGUGCUCUUCAUAUUUUAAAAUAAGGCUUCCCUUUAUGAAUUGUAGAGAUAUAACUACAUUUUAUUGAAUUGCAUUUUUACGUAUAUAUACUCACAUUUGUGUGUAAUUUUUAUAAUUAUAGUUAUUUCUGAAACUGUAACUUACAAUAUUCUAAAUAAAACAGGGCUUUUCAUACUAGCAGUUGUAGAAUGUGCCUAUAAUUUAGGUUGUAAAUAUGGGAUAAUCGGCGCUCAUAGUAUCUUACGCGCAUUUUGGAUACUACCAUAGUUUCUACAGCCGCUUUGAUACCAUCUCAAGUAUGAAGGGGUCAUUACAAGUGUUUCUGAUUUCACAAUAGAAAAUAUGCAUUAAGUUCUUGCUCUUCCUUUUUAUUUCUUUACACUAGUAAUUAUAAUUUGAAUAAUGUACGUCUAAAGUUUUAUGCAAUGUAAUAGUUUGGCCAAAAAUAAAGCUUAUUUAUUCAA